AUGACAUUCCCAUUCUACGAAGCAGAAAUGUUCGAGGAUUUCCCGACACUAGAAAAUGCUGAACCAAAAAUUCCUCAUAUUUUACAUCAAACAUAUAAGUCUGAAUUAAUUCCGUCGAACUAUAUACCGACGAUAAAGUCCUUUCUUCAACAUCACCCCAAUUGGACCUAUUACUUCUGGACAGAGGAAUCAGCAAGAAAGAUGAUUGAACAGAAAUUCGCAUACUUUCUACCAGUAUGGGACGGCUAUAAAGAUCCCAUGAACCGAGCUGAUGCUCUUAGAUAUUUUGUUCUCUAUGAGUAUGGAGGUGUGUAUACAGACUGUGAUGUCAAAUUUUUACGCCCUCUUGACAGAGCUACGAAAUUAUUUUCUGCAAUUUUACCACCGGAACCAUUUGAGCACAGUGUGUUUCGACUAAAGAUGCCGUUUCUGACAAACAACGCUAUCAUCAUGAGUCGCCCUAAACAUCCGUUCUUUAAACAUUUGAUGGAUAGUCUAGAUUCUGCAAAGGACGAGAAAUGGAUGCUGUUGGUCGGAGGACCACUUUUUGUGUACAAUGCAUUUUUAAAGUACAACAAUAUUAACGAAUCAGUUUUAAAUGUAUUCAGAGAUGAACCCUCUGUUAAAGGAUUAGUACCGUACAACUUGCAAAAUAUUUCGAAAUACCCAAUGGGACAUGAGGACCAUGUGCUCGUUCCGAAUACACACUUUUUCCUUAACACAGUUGCUUAUAGAUUUGAUAAAAACGGUGUGAUGGCAUUGUGUAGAGACAUUCUAAAUAACAAAGCGUUUCGGACUGCUCGCAGGAGUAAUGUUUGUAGGAAGAGUGACUUUACCAAAUUAUGCGCGGAUGAAUACAGUAAAACUCCUGAAUUGUGGAAACGAGGCUGCAAUGAACUUAACAGGAGAAUAUCUCGCUCAAAAGAAGAGCAAUUCAGAUUCACUUUUACAGAACAUUUGUGGUCCAUUUCUUAUGAUAAACCAAAAUUUGACGUAACUAAAACAGUGAACAUAAAAGAUGUUGUGCCUAAAGCAAUUGUAUUUAAUUGA